AUGGCCACUCCCGUAGUAGAGGCUGCCCGGAUUCAGGACGCGCCCGCGCUCGCCGAAUUAUUCUUCAAGUCUUUCAAUGAUGAGUUUUUCCAGACUCUGUUUCCUCAAAAUGAGUUUGGACGAGACUACAUGACCAAGGCGUACGAGAUGUUCAUGCGUUCCAAAGAGAACCAUAGCCAAGAGGGUCAAGUCUACGUGAUAAGAAACGAUGAAGGUGAAGUCGUCGCUUCGUGCCUUGUGUGGAUUAUUCGUCCCGAGGACAACGGAACCUGGUCCUGGCGGAAGCGCUGGCCUGCCGCGAAUGCAGGCCAGAAGGAUGAGCUUCUCGAUCAAUUCUUCACCGACAUGGCCCUUCAACACGACCAGAACAUGGGAAAAGAUGCACACGUCUACUUUGAAUUGAUCAUGACGGACCCUGCUCACAAGCGGAGAGGUUAUGCUCUCGCACUCCUCCAACACGCCUCCGAAAUUGCGGAUCAGCUGGGUUAUCGGAUGUACCUCGACUCCGACCAGGAUGUCGUGCCGCUCUACGAACGCGUCGGGUAUGUUGUUCGCGGCAGUGCGGGCAAGGCUUCACUCAUGGUUCCUAUGGUGAGACCAGCGAAAGUACAAGUUUCUGCACAAGCAUAG